AUGUCUACCACCUUGACGUCUGUCCAACCGUGUUGGCCCAGACGACUUCUUCACGUGGAUGGCGACCAGCUGACCUCGGUCGAGCGGAGCGGCGAGGCCACCUAUGGAGCCUUCGACGCUCCGCCUUACAACAUCCUCAGCUACACCUGGGGCCGGUUCGCGCUGCGGGAGGGCGAUGACGGCUACGGGGACGUGGAGCCCAUCCGCAUCCACAACGUCCCGUGGGCGAUCCCCCGCAUCCGGCCGGAGCACUUCACGGCCGAGAAGUUCCUUCGGGUCAUACAGCUGGUCGCCAGCGGCAUCACGGGCAGCAGCCGCACCUCGCGCGUCUGGCUCGACGUGGCCUGCAUCCACCAGGAGGACCGCGCCGAGAAGAUGGACGAGAUCGGCCGCCAGGCCGCCAUCUUCGAUCGGGCCUUGGACUCCUUCAUCUGGCUGAGCCGCCUCCCGGCCGAGCUUCUGAGCCGCCACUGUCGCAAUCUCCACGUCACCAACGGCCCCUUGUGGAUCGAGGACCGCCACGAGGACAUCUCCAGCCUCCUGGCGGACCCCUGGUUCUCCUCGCUAUGGACCCUCCAGGAGUCCUUCUUGAGGUCCGACGCCGUCUGGGUCGCGCGAGAGGGGUGCACUGUGCCGUCGGAACGUUUCCCAGAUUCUCCCCUGGGCCAGUCUGACCUGGUCAGCUACGGCGCGAGCCUGCGCGACGCCCUGCGGACGGAGCUGGCCCGCCCGACCGCGGCCGCCGAGCACCGCGAACUCGGCCAGGCCGUCUUUUCCAUGCUUGACGACUUGGGCGUGGGGGCCCUGGCCAGGUCAAACGCCGUGCAGCUAUACUCGGUCGCCAACAGGCGCUGUACCCUGCACCCACUUGACAGGAUCUACGGCAUCAUGCAGGUCUUCGGCUUCGUUCUCGGCGAGGCCCGGGACCCGGAGCGCACCUUCUCCCUGGGCGAGCUCGAGGACGAGCUAGGCAUCGCAAUGAACAAGGAGAACGCCAUGUUCGCCCAGCUCUUCGUCCACCUCCAGGAGCCGCCCCCGCUACGCCGGUGGCGCAUCCAGCCGCAGAUUAGCAUCCCCAGCCGCAUCCACCAGCUGUUCGACUGGGGGUCCCGCGUGUCCUGCGCCAUCGGCUACGACGCCGCGGCCGGCACCGCCGUCUUCCGCGGCCCCGCCGCAGACUUCGCCGCCCUGGCCGCCCACUGGCGCGACGUGUCCGUCCACCCGCGUUUCCAGACCGUCCUCUCGACUCCGGAAGUCGUCCUGCUCGACCGCACCGACCGCAACGCUGCGCGCCUGCACCCGGCCCUGGGCCUCGACUCGCGCCAGGGCGGGCCCGGCGAGCUCAACGACCUGCUGACCGCCGAGUACGGGGCCGGCCUGCGCGUGCUGGUUCUCGGCCAGACCCAGGACAUCUGCCGCGGCCGCCGCGGCGGGUGGGCGUGGUGCGGUGUCCUCGUCCACCCCGAGACCGUCGAGAUGAGCGACGGCGUCGAGCGGACGGCCUGGCUGCGCCUCGGCGUCUGCGUGUGGGAGUUCGUGGCGGAGGAGCUGGAUGAGACCAUGAAGGCGUUGCUCCGGGACGACGAAUUGUAUCUCGGUUAG